AUGAUUUCAGAACCUGAAUUCUUAAAUCGUCAUCUACCAUCUAAGACAGCUGAUGUGCGCAGGCUUCUUAUUCCCAAAUUCGUAAUAACUUUUAAUUUUGAAGCUUCCAAGGUUCUAAAAGAACUUGGCCUCACAUUGCCUUUCACUGGCGAUGGCGAUGGUCUCAUAUCGCCAUACUCUGGUCGUGGUCUCACUGAGAUACUGGACGAUAUUUACCCUCUGAUAGUAACAAAAGUUUUUCACAAGUCGUUUAUUGAAGUCAAUGAGGAAGGUACAGAAACUGCGGCAAUUACUGCCGCUACAAUGAUUUGUGGGUGCUCACGUAUGAUGAUUAAAGAGGAGAUAGACUUUAUUGCUGAUCAUCCCUUCUUAUUUCUUGUGAAAGAUGAUGUUAGUGGUGUCAUUUUGUUCAUAGGGACUGUGUUGAAUCCUCUCGCUGUUUAG